AUGUCUGAACACUUCAGGGUUAUCGAAGACAUGGAAGACGAAGAUAUGAUGGAGGACGGACCACCGGACGAUCUCUAUUUUCAUCCUGAACCAGGGAGAGAGUCUCUGUCUGGGGACGAACAGUGGGUCCCAGGUAGUAGGAAACCUUAUCAGCCAGAUGCCCUGCUCUAUGACCCCCGGUCGGAGUAUUCGAGCAAUACUCCUCAAGGACAAGCAGAAGAGUUUGAAUCGCAUGGAACAUCUCAACCAAAGCGCCUUCUAACACCUGCCCUAGCCAUUCCAUUGUCGGCUACCAAGCAGAAGAAGCGUGCACAGACUACAUUGCCGAAACCUCACUCUGAUGAAGCAGCUUCAACGGAUGUCUCACUGACUGAUAGAAGCGGUCGACUUGAAACCUUGCCAACUGUUCAAAGCCUUGUCGAAGCCGCGGCCGGUCCUUCAUCUGACGAUCCACACCGGGAUCAGCUGAUUGACUUCGGGGUUCCUCACAACAAAAGACGUCGCAGGCAUUUAAAGGUGCCUCAAGAGGCGAAAAUUGUCAUUUCUAAUGAGAAGUUAAGGAAGCAGGUUCGCACUUUGCAGCAUUUAGUGCACACUACAGAAGCAGGAGAAGUAUUGAAAGUAAGACAAGAGAAGGCCGUUCUGCAAUCGGGUCUUCAUGAGGCCCAAACUCUAAUUUCUUCACAAGAGGACCGGACGGCUGAUGUCUCUUCGGAACGAGAUGACCUAGAGGUAAAGUUGAAUACUUCUGAAAGACAACUGGAGACUGUCGAAUCAGAGCUAACAGAGGCCCGAUCAUCCUUCAUGAUGCUUUUGCAGAACAACGUACGAAAUUUACUUGCCGAGACUGAAUCGAAGGACCACAUUAUAUCCAAUCUCAAUACCGCUAUAACCCUAAAGAAGGCGGUAAAUCUGAAGGAUAAAGAAAUCUAUGACCUCAACACCGCUGUGGUAAUGAAGGUUACGGAUCUUUCCCGCCUGCACACGAACAUAGCACUCAAGGAUGCCGAAAUAUCUAAAUUACGUGCAACUAUCAACAAGAAGGAUAAUGCCAUCUUCAAUUUACGGGCUAUGAUUCAUUCCGCUAAAAGCGAUCUCAAAUAUUUAGACAUGCUGAAGUCCGAUCUCAGGGACACGGAAAGUAAACUGGCUGAAGCAAAUCGUCUUAUCAAACUGUUGAGCGACACAAAGGAAGCCCACACCAGCUAUAGGCAGGAACUCGAUACCCUACGCAGCGAUCUCGAGUCCGAUCGCAAAUCAUUGCAGCAUAAAAUGCAGGAGCACCUGGAGGCGGUUCAAACACAUGAAAUCACAAGACAUCAUCUAAACUUGCUCACCAAGACGGCAGAGGAUACUGUCGAUCAUGGAAAGUCUAGACUCUUUAAAGCCAACUCUAUUCUGGCCGACGCCUCCAAAACCUUACAGAAGGCACAUGAGUUGCAUACCGUAGCUUUUGAAAGGUUGAAAGAUGCGUCUGAGUUGCGCGAUUCAGCUUUGGCAAUGAAGGCGUUUUAUGGGACUUAUGACAAUUCUCUUGGCGAUUACAAAGCUACGGAGACUAUUAUUCGUUCUACGGAGGGUUCGUCGAAGGGAGAAAGCCAUGCAGACAAUUUGACCUUUGGAUCAAAAGUUGAAAAUGUUUCUGUCGACUUCCCCGUUGGUAACGGAAAGGGGUUGCAAAUUGAGGAGGAUGAAGACCAGGAAAGCGCAGUUAAUAGUAAGAUCGCAAACACAGACGCUACCGUUGGUUCUGCACUCCGGGCAUCUCUUAGUGGUCCACGUUCAAAGGAAGAGAAAAAAGACUCUAUGGAUGGAUAUGCGAGUGAGAAGGAAAACAAAGAGCUUCAAGACGAAUAUCUAGCACUUGUUCGAAGCAUCAUGAAGGAUAAGUUUGGCAUAGAAAGGGAUACAGAUUUCAUUGAUCACAUCCCGCCAAAUCCCUCCGAUAUUGCUCUGUUCAUGAGCACAAAGAGUCCAGAUGAUGGUCCCAAUGCAGCAGAUCUUCGCAUUGACAUGAAAGGGGAUACGUCCAGCAAUUGGAACGAAGCACUCAUUUCUAUCCUAGUAACAUGUGCAGCCAACAGCAAGGUUUCACAACUCCCGGAUGUUCCUGAUUGGUCCAAGGAUUACCUGUCACAAAAUUUCUACCAAGAAAUAGAGCGCGCAAGGACCAUCUGGGGGGAUAACCAAUCUAAAGUUAAAGCAAGAGUAAACUUGAAAAGAGAGAAGGAAGCAAAAAGGAAUCGAAGGAAUAGCAGACGUUCAAAUAAAUAUUCCAAGCGUUUGUUCACAGUGAAAAGAAUGAUCGCAGAAAGUGAGAAAAGGGACGACACCGCAAUAUUUAACCUAUGGAGUCGUUUGCUAUCACUUCUCGAGGCCCUAGAGGAAGAUGGAAUGAGCUCGGAGGACUCUGAAGCUGACGAUGAUGGGGAUACCGUAUAUCAUGUCAGGCAGAUGCCGUAUCGUCGCAGCGUUGACAAGCAUAUGGCAAUCAUCGACGCUGAAACAAAGCGUUAUAAACGCACCAUCGCUACUCAAGGCUCGAACAAAUCACGAAGAAUCAGAGGGGAAGAUAUAUUUUCGCUUUGCAGACCUUUCGUCGGGAAACCGAGACCACUUUAUGCACCACCUUGGUUAAAACAGCAGACCCAAACGACUAUCAACAGUCUGAAAAUUCCAGAAAAACAUCCAUUCAAAUUUUUCGAGAUCAAGGUGCCGGACCCGAGUGCAUGA